GACAUGGCUGCUGCUAGCCGGAGAGUCACAUACCUGAGACAGGCGCCUGCCGUCAGCGGUCAGCCCGUUAACCAGGCAGCAGCACGGUACCGACACUGCUCAGUGUGGGCAGAUGGCACAGGUUCCGGGUUUGUGGAUUUUGUAAUGGCUCUGCAAGAAAAGAGUCAUCUCAUCCCACUUGCAGACACUUUUGAUGAGAAUGAAGUUGAAAGAAAUUUUCUUCUAUCCAAACCAACCUGUUUCCUUAUUGUUGGAAAACCAGGCACAGGAAAGGCAGCACUUGGGAAGAAGCUCUCCCAGACAUGGAAUUGCAUUUAUAUUGAAGUCAAAGAUCUGAUUAAUGAACACAUUCGGAGAGAAACAGAACAAGGCAUUAUGAUCCGAGAACUCCUUUUCAAGGGUCAAAGUGUUCAUGAAGAAGUAAUAGUCCAGAUGAUUGUAGACAAGAUAAAUUCUGCAGAAGUUGCCCAUCAUGGCUAUGUGCUCUGUGGGCUGCCGUCACUCUCUGAGGAAUACAUGAAGGUUCCAGAACAAAUUGACCUAAUCAAAAACUUUAAAUUAAAGCCGGAUGUCAUAAUUAAUAUAAAGUGUCCAGACAAAGACUUGGGCAAAAGACUGGCUGGACGGAAGCAAGAUCCAGAUACAGGGAUAGUUUAUCAACGGCAAGAUUGGGAUUCUGCUCUCAAGGACGUAAAGAAGAAACCUCAAGAAGAAGGAGAAGAGGAGGCGGAGGAGGAAGAGCUGGAAGAAGAGGAAGAAGAACCUGAGAACUUAAAAGAAAAAUUGGACCACCUUGUGCAUAGACCUGAGGACUUCCCUGAAAAUGUUGACGAGAGCAUACAAUUAUACAAAGACACACUUUUACGUCCCGUGGAGGAUCUGAUGAUUGAUCACGACCCUCAAUAUCUAAUUGAACUUGAUGGAAACAAGAAAGCAGAUGAACUGUUUGUUUCUGUGAUAUACCGUCUUGAAUCUUUGGGUCUUCGACAUGGAGCUGUUGUGAUGAAACUCUACAACGCUGAAGAAGUAGAGAUACUUGAAGGGCAGGAGGAUGAUGAAAUUAUGCGGACGCUUUCAUCAUCUCGUAUGAUUGGUCCCCGAUAUAGGUGGCGCAGAAGCUGCUGGGGCAAUUUAUGUCCUGUGGCUCUGAAAGAAGGAUAUAUUAAGAAAGGAUUGGCAGAGUUUGCUGUUAGUUUUCUAGAUAAGAUGUACUUAUUAUCAUCUGAAGAAUCAUUGAUAAAAUUUAUGCAGAAUCCUCGUCCAUAUCUUCUUCCUCCUAUGCCAUUACCUCCCUGCAAGAUUGCUGUCCUUGGACCAAAGUCUUCUGGGAAAACAUCUGUCUGUAACUUAAUAGCCAACAAAUACUCAGGAAAGAUCUUUGAUAUGUCUCAGCUUAUGUCAUCAUAUGUUAAAGAAGCAAAACAAAAUGCUGUAACAAAGGCUUGUGAAGAGUCCACUCUAAAGGCUAUAGAAAGUGUCAAACUAAAGCUGCAGCAAGAAAAGGUGCUGAAAUCACAAGAAGCUCAGAAAGAAGACUUGGAUGAUAUUUCCUCUACACAUGCAAAUAAAGAACACAAUGUGAAAGAAAAUGUUGAGGAUUUAUAUACAACUGAAGAGCACACAGCCCAAAAGGAAGAAAUAACAGAGAAGAUAGAGAUGAAAAAUGUCCUUCAAACAGAGGACAAUGUAGAGGAAUCAAAUACAACUGAAAAGCAGACAGCCCAAAAUGAAGAAAUAACAGAGAAAACAGAACAGUUUAGUGCCCUUCAUGCAGAAGACCAAACUGAAGAAGUAACUGCUGAUCAUCCCGAAGUCCGGCAAAUGGUGGAGGAAUCAAUGAAAAUAGCAAGUGAGAGUCCAAUAGCACUAACUCCAGAUGAUUAUAUCAAUGCAUUGGAGAAAGCCAUCAAAGAGUUCCAUGAAGAAAGGAAAGAGCAGUUUCCUGGUUCCCAACCUGUUGGAGGAUGGGUGGUAGAUAAUUUCCCUAAUUCACCAAAUUAUUGGAUUCCAUUAAUGGAAAAGGGACUUCUUCCAGACACUGUCAUUUGUUUAAGAAACGCAGUAAGUAAUGGAAAGUAUUUACUGAACAGACUGUACCUGCUGAACGAAGAAGAGAUAAAUAAUAAUAUACUACAACGGCUUCAGAAGGAAAGAGCAAGAAAGUUGCAGGAAGAAGAGGAAGCAAGAAAAGAACAGCAAGAAAUAAUGAAAUUUCAAGACAAACAAAAGGAAAGGCUAGAAGAGUCACAACACAGAGAAGACAAGACAGAAGAUACUGGUGACCAAAUUCCAACGGAUCAAGUUGAUUCCCAAGAAACCAUUUCUGUAAAAGAGACAUCAAAGACCAGUGUUGUGGAGACAGACCCACAAACAGAUCUGGACCUGCCAUUGGAUUCAGAACCAGAAAUCACUUUACCUGAGGUUCCUGAGGGGGGAUUUCCAGAUGUACCCGAAAUAGAACCACUGAAGGCGUUCGUAAACACAUUUAAUGAAGAGUGGCAACUUCUGGAGCCAGUGUUCACUGACGCAUCUCAAGUAAAUGUUGCUUACCUGGAAGUGGUUGAUAAAUCACCAGAAACACUUCUACAAGAAGCUGUCACUUGUAUGACAAAACCAUUUCAGUAUCACGGCUGGGAAGUAACUUCACAGGACAUAGAUGAAGAAGCAGAAGACAUGCAGGCAGAGCUGGAAGCUGAGGAACAAGAAGGGGAGGAAGAGGAAGAAUUUGGUAGAGAAGAGGCAGAAGAAGAAGACGAUGAUAUUAUCAGUGAAAAGAAGAAACAUUAUGGAGAUUCCAAGCACUUCUGUCCAGUGGCUCUAAAAGACAAGCUUAUACUACAGCCAGGACUUCAGGAUAAUGCUGCCAUAUACAGGGAGAAGACAUACUACUGCUCAAGUCCUGAAGCAAGAAAGAAGUUUCUUGAGAAUCCUGAAAACGAUAUUGCUCACAAUGAGCCAUUACAACCUCCACCAUUGAGAGUUUUGUUGAUUGGCACAAGUGGUACUGGGAAAACAGUAAAUGCCAGAUGGUUAGCAGAAAAAUUAGGCAUUUUUCACAUUCAAUUUCAAGAGCGCCUGCAGGAAAUCAUGUUGUCUAAGCUGCAGAAAAAGAUUGGACCUCAAUUUGAAGAUGAUAGCGCUGAAGAAGAUUCAACUGAUGAAGCCAUUCUGCUUGGAUUAGAAAAUGGAAACAUGGAUGGAAGCCAGAAGGAAGAUAUUGUGAAUUCAAAGGAAGAGGUGGUUCUGACGCCAGAAGAGGAAGCAGUCAGGUCUUAUUUAGCGGACAAUGAGCCUCUGCCAACAGAGGUGCUGGACCAGGUUGCAGCAGAGUGGUGGACUAAAGAGCCAUUUUGCUCCCUUGGAUUUGUCCUAGAUGGCUUCCCCAACACAGUGGAGGAGGUCCAGUAUAUAGGAGAAUGCGGCUUUUUCCCUGACAUUGCUGUCUUGCUUGAAGCAGAGGAGAGUGACAUUUGUGAUCGAUUACUGCCCCCUCGCUUAGCUAAGUGGCAAGAACGAAAAAGAAAAAAGGAAGAACGUGAACAAAAACUUAGAGAUAUGAAGAAAAGUGUUAGGGACAAACAGAUUGCCAAGAGACGAGAAGAACUUUUAGCUGAACACAAAACAGAUGAGGAGAGAAUGGGCAAGAAGGAUCCUGAGGAUCUGGAUGAUGAGGAGGGGGAGGAAGAGGCAGAAGAAGAAGCUGACAGCAUUGAGCUGAUUCUUUCAGAAGAGUUCCCAGAGGAAGAAGAGGAGGAGCCGGAGGAUGAAGAACAGGAGGAAGAUGCCAUUGAAAGAAUGAAAACUGAAAUUGGAGAAAAGUGUGAAGCAGAUGCUGAAUCUUUACAGGCAGUGAAGGAAGAACUUCAGAGUCUAUUGAUACCGUGUGUUACAAUCAACGCGGGCCGCAAACCACACAUUGUACAUUACCAGUUAUAUGAGAAACUAAAGCAUAUAGUGGAAAAUCGUGAGAGUCUCUUUGAAAAAAGUUAUCCAAUUAACUUACCUCUUGCUAACAAGAUGCUACAUGUAUCAUACAAACACCCCAGUAUCUUUGGGCGAUGGGAUCCUGUCAAGCUGAGUCAAGGAGAAGUAAUUAAGCCAUUCAACAACCAAGAAAAUCCUGGCUUCCCGUUACUCUACCGGCAAUAUGUUUACUUCUUCUCAACAAAAGAAAACAGAGGCACUUUUAUGAAAAACCCUAUUAAAUUUAUACGUCAGCCGAAACCCAAUCCAUCAGUGCCAAUUAGAAUUGCAGUUGUCGGACCUCCCAAAUCUGGAAAAACUACAAUUGCCAAGAUGUUUACCAGUAUAUAUGGUUUACAGCGCCUGUCAAUGGGAGAUGCCAUCCGGUUUAUGUUGGAAAACCAGCCAGAUACGGAACUUGCAUUAGAGAUAAAGAAUUAUCUUGUGAAGGGAUUAGUUGUACCUGAUGAGCUUGCAAUCAAGUGUUUGGAAGUAGCCAUGAUGGAUAUAACAUGCAAUACGACAGGAGUUGUUCUUGAUGGGUAUCCUGCGACUAAACAGCAAGCUGACCUCCUGGAAGCAUACAGCAUCAUUCCAAUAAAGAUAUUUGAGUUAGAAAUAUCGAUGCAAGAAGUUUUAAAAAGGGGACUGCUUGAUAAGAAAGAUACAAAAAGUAUGCCGUACCCUGCACAUGACAGUGCACAGAUAUUAGCUGUGCGUAACUCCAAUUAUAAGCAGGAGGUUCAGCGUAUUAAGAAAUAUUAUGGACUGCAACAUCAAAACUGGUGUGAAAUAGAUGCCAUGCACAGCAAAUGGUGGGUGUCAAACAAAAUUAUUAAAGAGGUCCAGACAAGCAUCAAUCAAAUACAAAUCUACCUGCAAAGCAUAAAAGAAGGUAAAGCUGCUGCUAUUGUUGACUUCUGCAUCACCCCCCAAGAGCUACUGUCUCGGCUGGGAGAGUUUGCACAAUACUGCCCUGUGAGUCUGGCACAGAGGGGAGAGCUUGUCGAUUGUUCUGUAACAUCAUCCCUGCAGUUUGCAGCCGAAUUCCGUGGACACUACUACAAAAUGGCUUCACAAACAGAGCUGGAUGCCUUCUUGCAAAAUCCAGAAUUAUAUGUUCCUCCAUUAGCACCACGUCCUCUGCCUCCUCCUGAAAUGCUACCAAAGAAGUUAAGAGUGGCUGAUGUAAAGUCUAAAUUCCCCAAAAAUGCAGAGAUGAAAGGGUAUUGUCCAGUUGCCUACGUGGAUGGGAAAAAGAGGUACGAGGCCCUUGUUCCUGGACACAUUGAACAUGCUGUGGAAUACAGAGAUAAUAUUUAUAUAUUUAAAAAUGAAGAAAAUUUGCAGAGGUUUAUGAGAUUUCCUGAAAAAUAUUGGAAUCAUAAGCUUCCAUCUAAACUUCCUCCAAAGAUGGAGCCAGUCAUGCUGACCUGUCUUCCGAUAUCUGGAUACCUUGAACAGGGAGCAGCCACCGCUCUAAUAAAGGCAUUAAAUGAUGUAGGUUGUCUGAAGCCUAAGUAUCCAUUUUUAAGUGUAAAGCAAUCGGCCCUGCUGUACAUUGCGUAUCAUCUAAAAGCGUUCAACCCACGGAAGUCAGAUUAUAUACGGAACAAAUACAAGAAGAAGAUGGAGCAGUUUGUUGCGUGUUGCGAACUGAUUACAUAUCUAGGAAACAAGAUGACUCACAAGUAUAAAGAACCACAGAGAAGACCUGCAGAUUUUGACUAUAAAAUGCAGUCUUUCCUUUCACUUAAGAAUGUGGAUCCAACAUGUAUUUAGCACCAACAUAACUUUUUAGCAGCUAUACAGUGAAAUGUGGAUGAACAGUUUUCAUGUGUAUUUUGUAAAAUUCUUUAUUAAAUCUUCAAUAUGAAAUUG